CAACAUGCAACAGUACUUUGGUGGACUGAGAGAGGUGACUGGAUGUACUCUGAGAAACCUCAUUGCUUAUUGCACUUGAGGGAAUACGCUUUAGGGGCAUGUUUGAUUUCUGAACGCCAGAAAGUGUUACCUUCAGCUCUAUCUGGAGAAGAGCCCUUCCCUGAGGGUCUUCAGUGGCUUCUGUUAAAUGGAAAGGUGCCAACUGUCAAGACUCAAAAGAGUUGGCUCAUCGUGCGGCUGUGCCAGGAUAUAAGCGCCACUUCUAUACCAUGCAAGCCUCAGGAAAAUAAACCAUUUCCGAGGAUCGAUGCAGAGGUCAACAAGAACAAGAUCGCAUAUGUGAGAGCCAAUUAUAUUGCUUUAAAAUCAGCAAGCUCUUCACUCCAUAGCUCCAGCUAUUGCCUCCACCACAAACAAGUUACUCAACAUCUGCCAUAAAUUUUAAAGGAAAAUACCCAAUAUCCAUCAUAGAUUAUCAU